AUGCUCCUGCUUGCGCCUCACUGCAUUGGAGAUACAAUCCUCCUUCAGAGAACCCGCUUUACUUUUAACGUCCUGAUACCUAACUAUGUCCAAAAAUGCAGAGGCACGAAGGGCAGGGGAGAACGCGAAGGAAGGAGAUUAUGGUUCUAUUUUCUCGGUCUCUGGGCCCGUCGUGGUGGCAGAGAACAUGAUAGGAUGUGCUAUGUACGAGCUGGUCCGUCUACAAUUCAGGUUUACGAGGAAACAGCUGGUGUAACUGUUGGAGAUCCUGUCUUGCGUACCGGGAAGCCCCUCUCCGUGGAGCUUGGCCCUGGGUUGAUGGAGACCAUCUACGAUGGGAUUCAACGACCUCUAAAGACUAUUAACGAGAUUUCGAAUAGUAUCUACAUUCCUCGCGGUAUCUCAACGCCUGCCCUGGACCGUAAGAGGUCGUGGGACUUCAAUCCUGGAGGUCUCAAGGUCGGGGAUCACAUCACCGGAGGAGAUAUCUACGGGAGUGUCUACGAAAACUCGCUUCUCGAUGAUCACAAAAUCCUUCUACCCCCUCGUGCUCGGGGUACCAUCACUCAUAUUUCUGAGAAGGGCUCCUACACCUUAGAGGAUACGGUUCUCGAAAUCGAGUUCGAGGGCAAGAAGCAGAACUUUACCAUGAUGCAUACGUGGCCUGUGCGGGUCGCCAGACCGGUGUCUGAGAAACUUUCCGCAGAUUACCCUCUAUUGACUGGUCAGAGAGUGUUGGAUGCCCUGUUCCCUUGCGUACAAGGUGGCACAACAGCUAUUCCUGGAGCUUUCGGUUGCGGAAAAACUGUUAUUUCUCAGUCUUUAUCGAAAUAUUCUAACUCCGACUGUAUUAUCUACGUCGGAUGUGGUGAGCGUGGUAACGAGAUGGCUGAAGUCUUGAUGGAUUUCCCUGAGCUUUCUAUUGAGAUUAAUGGUCGUAAAGAACCCAUCAUGAAGCGGACAACACUCGUUGCAAAUACCUCCAAUAUGCCUGUCGCGGCGCGUGAAGCAUCUAUUUAUACCGGAAUUACGCUUGCGGAAUACUUCCGUGACCAAGGAAAGGACGUUGCGAUGAUGGCCGACUCGUCUUCCCGCUGGGCCGAAGCCCUUCGUGAGAUUUCUGGUCGUCUCGGGGAAAUGCCGGCUGAUCAAGGUUUUCCGGCUUACCUGGGUGCUAAAUUGGCGAGUUUCUACGAACGUGCCGGAAAGGGAAGUGUUAGUAUUGUUGGUGCCGUAUCUCCUCCUGGUGGUGAUUUCUCUGAUCCGGUUACUUCUGCCACCCUUGGUAUUGUGCAAGUAUUCUGGGGUCUCGAUAAGAAACUUGCUCAACGCAAGCAUUUCCCAAGUAUCAACACAUCCCUCAGCUACAGCAAAUACACCAACGUCCUAGAUGGCUACUACCAAAAGAAUUUUUCCGACUUCCCUGUUUUUCGAGACCGGGUCAAACAACUUCUUUCCGAUAGCGAAGAGCUCGACCAAGUCGUCCAGCUAGUCGGAAAGUCCGCCCUCUCGGACCCUGACAAAAUCACCCUAGAUGUAAGCUCCUUGAUCAAGGAAGAUUUCCUCCAACAAAAUGGAUAUUCCAAGCACGAUCAAUAUUGUCCUGUAUGGAAGACUCUUUGGAUGAUGAAGGCCAUGAUGGGCUUUUACGAUGAGUCCCAGAAGGCGGUUCAGUCCGGUGUCAGCUGGGCCAAGAUCAGGGAAGCGACGUCAGAUAUACAGCAUCAGCUCCGGUCUAUGAAGUUUGAGAUCCCCGAUGAUGGCGAAGGGGUCAUCGUAGGAAGGUACGAGAGGCUAUACAAUGACAUGAUGGAGAAGUUUGCCAGCGUUUCGGAUGAUUAGUCUUGCUAGAUGAUCCCUUUUCUGAAAAGAUCGCUUUUGUAUCUAUCUACCCAUCUAUCUUGCCUUUCCUUGCUCCCCACUUAGCGCAGUCGGGUGUUUUGUUUGAAAGAGAAACCCUCAAUCUUUCUUGUUUUGCUUGCUUGGUUUGUGCAUGAAUGAACGUUGAAUCAUCGUACGCAAUAUAUAAAACGGAGAAGGGGCUUCCUCCCGAGCAGAA